AUAUGUAUUUUUUUUUACAUCUUACAGAGAUCUAUAAUGGCUGGAGUCAGUCCUGCUAUUCAGACAUGGUCCGUAAACACUUCGAUCAUGCAGCUGAGAUCCAUGAUGAGCCGUAUGACAAUAACAGAUGACCACAUUCGCCGUUAUGUAGUAUCUCCAGAUGAGGGAAGGCGAAUGGAGGAAGAACGAAGCCGUAGACUACGCGACAGUGAAUCUCCAGCAGCAGAACCUACUCCCUUACCACAAAUGACCUCGCAUCAUUCUUCGACAGCAGACAACAUGGUUCAUGUGACCCCAGCUAAUGUACCUGCUGAAGAGCCCAUGGAAGUGGAAGAGGUUGGAUGUAUGGAGGAAGUCAUAACCACAGGGGUUGAGGCAGAGUUAGAAAUUGCAACAGAAGGAGCCACUGGAGGAACUGAGGAAGCAAAGGAAGAUGAGUCUCUUACAGAGGAACCACCUGUUACAAUAAAUGUUGGAUCUCAGCCUUGGCAUCCAGCUGUCCCACAGGACUGGAUACCGGUUAUAACACGUGAUGUAGAGAGACAACAACGCGGUGUUCCAGAUACAAACUUGAGUGAUGCCUACCUUUGCGGAAUGCCACUUAAACGUCGCAAACUUGCUUCUCAGCACAAACCUCAUGGGACAGUGCAGCAGGUUAUACAAGACACCUUGCGCCACAGCAUGAGAGGAGUCGGUGUUAAUCGGGUUGUGGUUGAAAGUGUUGCUGGGGAAGCGGCUAGUCAACUCGGUGAAUCAUUUGCUGGCCAUGUGCGCACAUCUCUCAGGCAGCGACUAAAUCAUAACAAAGACUUCAAGCCCGAGAAAUUUCCAAAAAGCGAGCAACAUAUACUAAAGGAAAAGUGAAAGGAAGGCAGACCACUUUUUGUUUUCUCUCUCUCUCUUUCUUUAUGUAUUAUUAUUAUUAUUACUAAAAAUAGUCUGCAGUGUGGAAAAGCAGUAUUAGUGAAUGUGAUGAAAGUUGAGAGUGGAUACAUGUGAAAAGCUUAUUACAGCUAACUUACUACAAUUGAGUGUCACUGAAAAUUAAAUUAUAUUCAAAAGUGAUUCAGUGAAUGGUAUUGAAAAGCAAAGUAAAUGCAGGGAAAUGUUGGGAGUGUGAUGGUAUGGAUAGAGUUAGCCACAUUUUUUGUUUUACCUGUUGUACAGUAGACAGAAUUCUUCAGAAUACGAACACAUGUAUUGUAAGCAGGUAUGAUAGAUGUUUAAUGGUACUUCAUUGCAUGCACAUCCUGUAACUUUUGUACAUGCUUGUGUGAUUUUAUUUUGAAUCAAAUGCUUGCUGCUGAUGUAACAUAAAUGAAAACAGUUGUAGAGUGAAAAAAAAUAGACAUGCAUAUAUUUUUUGUUAUAUAUUGUCAAUCAAAUGUAUAUAAGUCUGCAGAGAUUUUUAUUCAUGGCAUUUUUUCUUAAAUGUAACUGCACAUUAUCAAGGCAAGCCAAAGGUUGUCCAAAAUUGGCUAUUGCAAAUUAAAAGUGACCGUAAUCAUUGGUGAUCAUACCCAGAGUAUCACGAUCUCUGUUUUAUAUAUAUAAUGUAAGGAAACUUGUUUACCCAUGCAAUAUAGAAAAUGAUAGGAAUUCAUAGGAUAUUUACAGUGUUAUUGUACAGUGUGUAAUCAUUCUGUGAUUGAUGAGAAGAUAUCAGUUAUGUGACAAGUUGGGCUGUAAGCUAGGAAACAAUCAAUAUGAAACGAGUUAGAGGUCUUUAAUUAUUCAUUGUACAUAAUAUCGUUCCGUAGAUUUUCUGAAUCCAUUGAAAUUUACUUGAGUCAGGGGUAGAUGAUUUUAAAAAAUAAUCAGUUUCAAGCUACUGAUCAAUUCACUCUUCACCCAUACCAAAUAUUAUUGCCUUUCCCAUGUCUGUAUCUUUGCUGUAAUACUGCCACUCGCACAUAUAAAUUAAACCCAUUCGGUAAAUGGUUGAGUGUGGAAUGGAAAACAUUUGCACUAAUAGUAUUUUAUGAAUUAUUUCUUAUAUGUGAUGUUACUAUUUUACACUCUUAGGUAUCAUUAGAGAUGCAUAGCUUCAAGAAACUGUUGAUGUAUGUGUGUGUGUUUGUAUAGGUGCAUGUGUUUGUAUACAUGUGUGAGAAUAUGGAUUAAAGUAUUGAUGGUGCAUCACAAAAUGAAUAAACAAUAUUUGAUAGUCUGUGGUUUUCUGUUUAUGAGCAGUUAUCUGGAGAAAUUUGUGUAACCUAAAGCCAUGAAAAAUUUAGAUUUUGGUAUAAGUAUAACUGGAGGUUUUCCUGAAUUAAUUCCAUGAAUAUCAAGAAUGACUUGAUAGAAACAAGUUUAAGAAACAUGAUUAGAAAUACCCAAUCUCAAAAAUGCAAUAUUUAACCAUAACACUACAUGAGGAUGUGCUUGUUUAGGACAACAGAGGUUGGGAUUUAAAUAUUUGACUAUGUAUGCUCAACUUUUGUGCUAAAGUAGGCUACAUCUGUUUAAACAUAUAUAAAAAUCUUUUAAA